AUCGUUGGGAUCUUCCGGGUUGUAAUUUUACAUGAUAGCGCGACAGUGGGACGCUUUUCAUUUGGAUAUGUUAAACCUGUCAAUACGAAGUUGAUUAAUUAUAUAGUUAAAAUGAAAUAUCUCCAUAUUGUUACCUGAUUGAUUUUAGUAGAUUUUUAUUGAUUGCAAGUCGAUCUGAAAUGUUCAAAGGAAAAAAGGUGUAGAAUAACUGGAUAUAUUUUUGGAUUUAUAGUUUCAUUACUGGCAGUCGCAUACAUGUACCUCAUGGGGCUAUGUUGAAUACUUAAUAACCAGUUGCAAUCACGAUGGGGGAGGUGUUUACGCUUAACUCCGCCCACAACUUUGGAAUCUACACAAAGUCUGGAAAAAGGACGAUAUUUCAGAUCGACUUUUCCUGCAAAAGGAUCAGUCUCAUAGAGAGAGGAAAGAUUUCCAAAGCCUACGACUUCUUGAACCUAGAGCAAUAUGAUUCUGAGGAAAACCUUCAUAUUGUUAUCCGUUUCCGCAACAAUAAAGUGUUAGAAUUUGACGCAGACACAGCCGAGGAGAAAUAUACAAUAUGUCGUCUGCUGGGCAUUAUUCUUGGUGCCGAACCAGUAGAAACAAAUGGUAUAGACACGCGCGACAACGGAGUUAAAAACCUGAGUACGAAGAAACAGGUUUUAAAGGAGGGAAUUUUGGACAAGAAAGGAAAUACUAAAAUACCGACAUGGUCAAGACGGCGGCUACAAGUUUGUCCCGGAGAGUUCUCUUACUACAAACCUGGCGACGAGGUCGCACUAAACCUUGUUCAGUUAUGGGAGAAUUCGACAACGGUGAACAGAAACGGACAAAGUGGGUUUGUUGUAUCAGUCAGGGACAGAUCUUAUUAGUGAGUUUACAACUUAGAAUACC